ACCCAUCUUAAAUUCUUGCAAUAGUCAUAAUGAAAGUAACAAUGGAAAAAAAUAAGAUUGCUGAGCUUCUCUGUGUCUGCUUCAUGCUGUCUCAAGGUUUGGCUGCAACUUUGAAUUGCUCCAGCCCAACUGCUCCUGCUCUGUUUAGGGAACUGGAGAGGAAUUUGUUCCCAGAACAUUUGAUGCGUCCGGUUGAAACCUUUUCAACUCCCAUCAACAUCACUCUUGGGAUCACUGUUGUUGGGAUUUUAGGACUAGAUGAAAAAUCCCAAACCUUGAGUACAGUCUUAUGGGAAGUCCUGGAGUGGGAUAUUUACGGUCUGAACUGGGAUGAGCAGGAAUGUGGAACCAAACGAGUGUCUGUACCUCGGGAUAAACUUUGGAUCCCAGAUAUUCUCAUUGCUGAACUAUUGGGUGACAACAACUAUCAAAGGACUCCCUAUGUCUACCUUUACAACACAGGCCAUGUAUAUGAUGAUAAGCCCAUCAGUAUGGUCAGCUCAUGCCGUUUAAAUAUCUACACUUUCCCCUUCGACAUCCAAAACUGCUCCCUGACCUUUGGAUCAUACCUGCACUUUGCUGACGACAUCAGGUUGAUUCAGGGCAGUUCAUCCGAAGACAUCCUGCAGGAGUCCAGAGACGUGAUGGAGACCAGUGGGGAGUGGGAGCUGGCGGACAUCAACGUAGCUGGGACCACUCUGGCCUUAGAAAGUGGAGAGUACUCUGAGAUCCAGUUCUUUAUUGUUCUGAGGCGUAGACCCAUCCUGUAUGUGGUGAACCUGCUGAUCCCCAGCGGCUUCCUGAUCACAGUGGACCUCUUCAGCUUCCUGCUGCCUCCGCAGAGCGUCGAUCGCUGCUCCUUCAAGAUGACCCUCAUCCUGGGCUACACCGUCUUCCUGCUCAUUAUGAAUGACCUGCUGCCGGUCACUGGGGAAACAACACCUCUCAUCAAUGUUUUCUUCUCAAUCAGUCUGGCUCUGAUGGUGGCCAGCUUGCUGGAGACCAUUUUCAUCACCAAUAUCCAGUUUGCCUCCAGCCAGUACGGCACGGUUCCUCACUGGCUCAAAGUCCUCGUCCUGCGCUACCUCGUCGUUAUCGUGUGUCUCCGUACAAAGGAAAAGACCACCCGGAUCACAGUCUGCAUCGGCCCGUCCAACGGAGAUAUAGCAGCAGUGAAUACAAUAUCUACAAACAGCUCAGGGACUCAGAUCAUCUCGAAUAACACACUUCCAGACAAACUCACUCCAGCCCCGCCAGAUCCUCCUCAUCAUCAUCUGUCCAUGGAUUUAUUGAAGAAGCUCAGUCGGGAUCUGGCAGCCAUCCGACUUCAGAUGGAAAAACACUUCCAGGGGAGCAUCGCCUCACAGGAAUGGCAAAUGAUUGGGACCGUGAUCGACCGCCUGCUCUUCAUCUUGUACAUUGUCUUCAUCCUGUCCAGCUUCAUCACCAUCUCUGGAAUCUGGAUCUGGAACAAUUCAUACUCAACAUGAUUGGAGCUUGGACAGGAAAACAGGACUGAGUUAUAUUUUCUUAUCAUACUCAUAGCAAAACACCAUAUACAGUAACGUUUGUGGAUCUUGGAAAGGUUUGGAACAUUUUCCAGAUCAAACAACUGAUGCAGUAAAAACAACAGAUCAACUCUUGUAAUCUUAAAAAAAUGAAAAAACUCACACAUUGGGUACAGUUUGCACCAUGUCACCUACUUUGCUCACCUUAAAUCAGUAAGUUCAGCCAUGAAUGUCCACCAUUUGCAAUAAUAGUCAAGCUUUGUGUUUUCUACUUUUUGUAGUAUUUUUUUUUUCUUGCAACGCAAACAUGUUCGUUUUGUGUAACUUUAAACAUGUCAUUGUCUGAGAAAUGUGCAUUGGACAUUGUUAUUUCAAACAGGUAAACUGAAUUGAAUGCCUGCUGUUGUAAAUCUAAUCAAAGCUGUUGAAAAGUGACUCAUUCUCUUUCUAUCUUUUGAGAGGAGUACUUUGCACCUUUGAGUAUUUCAACAUCAUUACCGGUCCUUUCAUUCUAACCCUAAACGCUCAUUGUGAGUCAUUUUGCUCGGGAUCAGUGUUUUGAUGUUGGAAAGUAACAGUGGGGCUUCUUUACUGCCACCACUACUUUUUAUAAUGAAAAUGUCACCAUGUGUUUACGACGACAGAGACACUGAUAACAGUAACACAAUCACGAGUGUCAUUGUGCUCAUUGUCACGUUUUCCUGUCGUAGGUCUGCAGAGCUGCUCUCUGUUCCCUGAGCCAACUGGCAUUGCUUCAUCAUAAGUUGAACAUUUGCAUAAACGUUGACCAAAUGAAGCUGUUUUCAGUGAGGAAAGAGUUCUGUUAUUUCUUUUAACUCCUGUUUAGAAGCUUCUCAUCGAAGUCAUGCUCACCGUCAAUAAUGGAAUUGACGUGCAAUUGUCAGAAAACAUCCAGCAAGGAUGGCGUUAUUAGGAAAAAAGAAAGAAAGCAGGAUUAUUUCUCUUCAUUUAACCCAGGGUUAUUCUGAACUACACAAACUAGGAAUGGAUUGCCACAGUUGCACGUCCGGGUAGCUGGUGGAGGUCGAGAUCCCCUACGCAGACUUGGGAAUCUAACCGUCACCACUCUGAAAAAAUGCUUGCUUCUCUCACCGCUAGGCUGCCACAUAGAAAACCUAAAGA